CAAGUCUUCAGUUACUUAUUUGGACUUCAGCUGGUAAGGAGUCUGUUGCCUUUUAAGUGUUAACCUACCAUUCAGGCUGCACUAAUACUGACUAACAGAAUACUGCUGCACAGUCAGACUCCCAAGGGGAACCAGGCACAGGGAAGAUGGAACCUCUCACAUUCCUUCUUCUAUUAGCAGGACUAGUGGGAGCAGCAUCUAAUGACAAUUCAACAACAGUUACCACAACCUCAUCACAAGUCAACAUAACUUCAGUAGCAAGCAAUGCAACCUCACUACCAGAAGGUACAACUUCACUAACAGUUGUUGGAACCUCAGCACCAAUAAACUCAACCAUAAACUCAUCACAACCCACCACAACAUCAUCUUCAGCACCACCCUUAUCAACAGAACCAAUCGACAUGACCUCCCUGCCACUCAACGCAACUUCAUCAGAAAACAUGACCUCAGUACCUUUCUCACCAACAGCAACAGUGAGCAUGACCUCGUCAUCUCUCAAUGUAACGUCACCACAAGUCAACAUGACCUCAAUACCACUGAACCAAACAUCAACAAUUAAUAUGACCACAGCAACACCCUCACCAAUAGAAACAGUGAACAUGACCUCGUCAUCUCUCAAUGCAACGUCACCACAAGUCGCCAUGACCUCAAUACCACUGGACCAAACAUCAGCAAUUAAUAUGACCACAGCAACACCCUCACCAAUAGAAACAGUGAACAUGACCUCGUCAUCUCUCAAUGCAACGUCACCGCAAGUCGCCAUGACCUCAAUACCACUGGACCAAACAUCAACAAUUAAUAUGACCACAGCAACACCCUCACCAAUAGAAACAGUGAACAUGACCUCGUCAUCUCUCAAUGCAACGUCACCGCAGGUCGCCAUGACCUCAAUACCACUGAACCAAACAUCAACAAUUAAUAUGACCUCAGUACCACCCUCACCAACAGAAACAGUGAACAUGACCUCGUCAUCUCUCAAUGUAACGUCACCACAAGUCAAUAUGACCUCAAUACCACUGGACCAAACAUCAACAAUUAAUAUGACCACAGCAACACCCUCACCAAUAGAAACAGUGAACAUGACCUCGUCAUCUCUAAAUGCAACGUCACCGCAAGUCGCCAUGACCUCAAUACCACUGGACCAAACAUCAACAAUUAAUAUGACCACAGCAACACCCUCACCAAUAGAAACAGUGAACAUGACCUCGUCAUCUCUCAAUGCAACGUCACCACAAGUCGCCAUGACCUCAAUACCACUGGACCAAACAUCAGCAAUUAAUAUGACCACAGCAACACCCUCACCAGUAUCACCAUUCAUCAUCACCUCCUCACCAAUCAAUGCAACUUCACCACAAGUUGACAUGACCACAGUACCACUUAACAUGACCUCACCUGGAAAUAUGACCUCAGCACCACCCUCACCAACAACACCCGCCAGCAUGACCUCCUCACCUCAUAAUGUAACCUCAUCAGGAAAUAUGACCUCACCAACAUCCUCACCAAUAUCACCAGGCAGCAUCACCUCCUCACCAAUCAAUGCAACCUCACCACAAGUUGACAUGACCACAGUACCACUUAACCUGACCUCUUCAGGUAAUAUGACCUCAGCACCACCCCCACCAUCAACACCCGCCAGUAUGACCUCAUCUUUCAACGAAACCUCAUCAGGAAAUAUGACCUCAGCACCACCAUCACCAAUAUCACCAGGCAGCAUCACCUCCUCACCACUCAAUGCAACCUCACCAGAAGUCGACAUGACCACAGUACCACUUAAGCUAACUUCUCCAGUAUCCCCCAGCAUGACCUCACCAACAGUCAAGACAUCAUCUCCAGACCUAACUUCACCAGGAACAUCCAUACCAUCAAAUGUCACCUCUUUUAGCACUACAACUACAGCUGCAACUACGACUACAACUACAACAGCUGCACCAGUACCAGAACCUAAAAUCAAUUUGGGAUUUAAGCUGCAGCAAACUUUUUCAACAGAACUUGAAAACAAAAGCUCACCAGCCUAUAUACAGUUGGAAUCAAAUGUGACCCAACAGCUCAACAAAGUCUAUACAGAAAAAUAUGGAUCUAGCUUCAAUCGAACAGUCAUCAAUAGUUUCAGACAAGGAUCCAUUGUGGUUGAUGCUCAGCUGAUAUUCAAUAAUGUUAGCUCAUUACCAAAUACCAGCUCUGCAAUUGCAACUUUGACAGAAGCUGCUGCAAGCUCAAAAAUUUCCCUCUCAGUUAACACAUCAUCUAUUACAGCAACAGUUGUGCAAACAGCACCAACAGAACAAGUCACAACAGCAUCUUCAACGAUGAUUCCAAGCAUGACCUCACUGUCAUUGAAUACAACAUCACAACAAGUCAAUAUGACUUCAGUAACAAACAACCCACCCACAUCAGGUAAUGUAACCUCACCACCACCCUCACCGAUGGCACCAACGGGCAUGACCUCACCACCAGUCAAUACAACCUCACUGCAAGUCAACAUGACUUCAACACUACUUAACCUCACCUCACCUGUUAACAUCACCUCAGCAUCAUCCACAUCAACGGCACCACUCAGCAUGACCUCACCGUCAUUGAAUACAACCUCACCACAAGUCAACAUGACUUCAGGACCAUUUAACCAAACCUCUCCAGUUAACAUGACCUCAGCACCAUCCACACCAACACCACCAGUCGACAUGACCUCACCACCAGUCAAUGCAACCUCACAACAAGUCAACAUGACUUUAACACCAUUCAACCAAACCUUACCAGUUAACAUGACCUCGCCACCACCCACAUCAACAGCACCAGUCAGCGUGACCUCACUGCCAGUCAAUGCAACCUCACCACAAAUCAAUAUGAGUUCUACACCAAUUAACCCAACCUCACCUGUUAAUAUGACUUCAGCACUAUCCACAUCAACAGCACCACUUGGCAUAACCUCAGCACCACUCAAUACAACCUCACUACAAGUCAACAUGACUUCAGAAACAAAUAAUCCAGCAACACAAGGUAACGUGACCUCACCGCCACCGUCACCGAUAGCACCAGUGGGCAUGACAUCACCAUCAGUCAAUGCCACCUCACCACAAGUGAACAUGACCUCAACACCACUUAACCUGACCUCACCGAUUAACAUGACCACAGUACCCGCUCCAUCAACAACACUAGUCAGCAUGACCUCAAUGCAACUUAAUGUAACCUCACCACAAGUCAACAUGACUUCAACAACGAAAAACACAGCCACACCAGGUAACAUGACCUCACCAUCACCCUCCCCAACAGCACCAGUCAGCAUGACCUCACUACCAGUCAAUGCCACCUCACCACAAGUUAACACGACUUCAACACCACUUAACCCGACCUCAACAAUUAACAUGACCACAGUAUCUGCUCCAUCAACAAUGCUCGUCAGCACGACCUCAGCGCAACUUAAUGCAACCUUACCAGUAUCCCCCAGCAUGACCUCACCAACAGUCAAGACAUCAUCUCCAGACCUAACUUCACCAGGAACAUCCAUACCAUCAAAUGUCACCUCUUUUAGCACUACAACUACAGCUGCAACUACGACUACAACUACAACAGCUGCACCAGUACCAGAACCUAAAAUCAAUUUGGGAUUUAAGCUGCAGCAAACUUUUUCAACAGAACUUGAAAACAAAAGCUCACCAGCCUAUAUACAGUUGGAAUCAAAUGUGACCCAACAGCUCAACAAAGUCUAUACAGAAAAAUAUGGAUCUAGCUUCAAUCGAACAGUCAUCAAUAGUUUCAGACAAGGAUCCAUUGUGGUUGAUGCUCAGCUGAUAUUCAAUAAUGUUAGCUCAUUACCAAAUACCAGCUCUGCAAUUGCAACUUUGACAGAAGCUGCUGCAAGCUCAAAAAUUUCCCUCUCAGUUAACACAUCAUCUAUUACAGCAACAGUUGUGCAAACAGCACCAACAGAACAAGUCACAACAGCAUCUUCAACGAUGAUUCCAAGCAUGACCUCACUGUCAUUGAAUACAACGUCACAACAAGUCAACAUAACUUCAGUAACAAACAACCCACCCACAUCAGGUAAUGUAACCUCACCACCACCCUCACCGAUGGCACCAACGGGCAUGACCUCACCACCAGUCAAUACAACCUCACUGCAAGUCAACAUGACUUCAACACUACUUAACCUCACCUCACCUGUUAACAUCACCUCACCAUCAUCCACAUCAACGGCACCACUCAGCAUGACCUCACCGUCAUUGAAUACAACCUCACCACAAGUCAACAUGACUUCAGCACCAUUUAACCAAACCUCUCCAGUUAACAUGACCUCAGCACCAUCCACACCGACACCACCAGUCGGCAUGACCUCACCACCAGUCAAUGCAACCUCACAACAAGUCAACAUGACUUUAACACCAUUCAACCAAACCUUACCAGUUAACAUGACCUCGCCACCACCCACAUCAACAGCACCAGUCAGUGUGACCUCACUGCCAGUCAAUGCAACCUCACCACAAAUCAGUAUGAGUUCUACACCACUUAACCUCACCUCACCAAUUAACGCGACUUCAGUACCAGCUACAUCAACGGCACCAGUUGGCAUGACCUCACCAUCAUUGAAUACAACCUCACCACAAGUCAACAUGAGUUCUACACCACUUAACCCAACCUCACCAAUUAACGCGACUUCAGUACCAGCUACAUCAACGGCACCAGUUGGCAUGACCUCACCAUCAUUGAAUACAACCUCACCACAAGUCAACACAACUUCUUCACCACCUAUCACAUCCUCACUAUUAGGCAACAUGACCUCAACACUGAUUGUAACUUCAUCUCUCACAAAGUCAUCCACAGUUGGAGUAACCUUGCUACCAACAACAGGAACAUCAACCGGGCCUGUUGUUACAGCUAGUGUUCCAACUACAACAGCAACUGCAUCACGAGACUCCACGGUCCAGCUAGAUUUUAAGUUGUUAGAGACAUUUAACCCACAACUUAAAAACAAAAGCUCUCCUGAGUUCAUAGAUUUAAGAAAUCGAGUAACAAGUGCACUUGAUUCUCUGUAUAGCAAGAAAUUUGGAAGUCGUUUCCUGAGAUCGGAGAUCAUAGCUUUCAGUCAGGGUUCAGUUGUUGUUGAUUCAGAACUGAUAUUCAAUAAUGCCACCUCGGUGCCAGAAACUAGUGAGGUGGAAAAUACUCUGGUAAAAGCGGCCAACACUUCCAACUUUAAUCUCACUGUGGAUGCUGCAAGUAUUAAUGUAACAAGAGUUAUCACAACAACAGCUGCGGCUACAACAGUAGUUAACCCAACCUCAACAACACUCAACAUGACCUCAACAUCACUUAUCCUGACCACACCAGUUAAUAUGACCACAGCACCACCCACCCAAACAACAGCACCAGUCAGCAUGACAUCACCACCAGUCAAUGCAACCUCACCACAAGUCAACAUUACGUCAACGACAAAUAACCCAACCUCAUCAAUUAACAUCACCUCAGCACCAUCCACAUCAACAGCACCAGUCAGCAUGACCUCACCAUCACUCAAUACAACCUCACCACAAGUCAACAUGACUUCACCGCUUAACCCGACCUCGUCAGCAGUCAACAUAACCUCAACACCAUUCAGUCCAACCACACAACUAAACAUGACCUCUCAACCAUCCACAUCAACAGCACCAGUUAAUCCAACCUCACCACAAGUCAAUAUGACAUCACCAACAUCCAGUCCAACCACACAACUAAACAUCACCUCACCAUUAACCACCAUCAUAUCAUCACCAGCUACUACCAAUGCCACAACUGCUGCCUCAACUGGAGCUACAACUGUGGGCUCUAAUACAACUGCAGCUACAGCUGUGUCUGCAAGUACAAGCACUUCUCCCACCACGGUGGCAACUACUACACCCACAACAACCACCACCACUGCAUCAACAAAUCCUCCUACUGCAAAUGAAGGAAGCCUUGACCUUCAGUUCAGUCUCAACCAAACUUUUAUGUCAGACCUCACAAACCAAAAUUCAACAGCUUUUCAGACUUUAGCUCAAACAGUGAUCAGAGAGGUAAACAUUGCAUGCAGACGUGUCUAUGGAUCAUUGUUCCUUCGUUCCAUUGUUAAUCGAUUCCGGUCAGGAUCAGUGGUCACCGAUAUGACUCUUGUAUUCCAAGACAAAGCCUCAGUUCCUACAGCAAGCAAUGCAACUCAAGAACUCAGCACAAACAUUAACUCUUCCCUGAACAUUAUAUCAGGCAGUCUUAAUGCAACUGUGCCCAAUGUUACAGCAACCCCAACCCCAGCUUCUAACAAUACUACAGCUGCAACAACUGCAGCUACAACCGUGGUUUCUAACACAACUGCAGCUACAACCAUGGUUUCUAACACAACUGCAGCUACAACUGUGGUUUCUAACACAACUGCAGCUACAACCGUGGUUUCUAACACAACUGCAGCUACAACCGUGGUUUCUAACACAACUGCAGCUACAACUGUGGUUUCUAACACAACUGCAGCUACAACUGUGGUUUCUAACACAACUGCAGCUACAACCGUGGUUUCUAACACAACUGCAGCUACAACUGUGGUUUCUAACACAACUGCAGCUACAACCGUGGUUUCUAACACAACUGCAGCUACAACCGUGGUUUCUAACACAACUGCAGCUACAACUGUGUCUCCAAGUACAGUGACAACAUUACCCACAACAACCACCACCACUGCAUCAACAGAUCCUCCUGCUGCAAAUGAAGGAAGCCUUGGUCUGCAAUUCAGUCUGAACCGAGUUUUUACAGCAGACCUCUCAGUCUCAAGCUCAUCAGCUUUUCAGGAUUUAGCUCAAACAGUGAUCAAAGAGAUAAACAGAGUGGUUAAAAAUAUCUUUGCAUCAUUCCUACGCUCCAGGGUUAACAGCUUUAGGAAUGGAUCAGUAGUUGUCAACAUGACUCUUGUGUUCCAAAGUCGAAACUCGGUUCCAUCACUAACCAAUGCAACUGCCGAGUUGACAAAAGCACUCGGAAAUACCGGACUAAAUAUCGUACCAGGCAGUAUAAGUGUGUCAUCAUCAACCAGUCUUCAGUCUACAAUGGGCAUAUGGGCGCUAACACUGUUAACUGUGGCAAAAAUCAUGAUCAACAUGUAGGCAGCACCCAAGUUCACUGCAGUACUUCACCAACAGUUUUUACUGUGCUAUAAAACCGGGUGUGCCAACCAAAAGAAAAAAAAAAUGAUAUAAGAAGUCAGCAUUAUGAAAUUUACCAAGAUGAAGUAAUAUGGUAAAAAGAUGUGUGCUAUGUUUAAAAGAUUAAUAUAUAUAUUGUAGUAUUUUUCAGACACAAAUUUAUGGUACAAAAUAUCUGAUACGUUCUGGUAAUGUAUUGGCAGUUACCUCUAAGCAACACAUUUGUUUGUUAAGGCACUUAUUUUCAUUGUUAUUGUGGCAUUUUAAAAAAACUAUUAAAAAAAUAUACAUAUAUUUAUUUACAAUGUACACUGUAAAAUUAUGCAAGAUGCAAUUUAAUAUGCAAACAUAUUAGUGUUAAAUGGUGAAAAGGAAGAUGUGUGUAGUUAAUGAUGUGAGUUGAACUGAAAUGAUCUUGAUGCUGGAGAAAAGUGAUUCAUCUGUCAAAUCCUCCAGUAUCAGGUGAAUAGUUUGGAAGGUGGAUUUUAAAUGAGCAUCAGCAAACUGGUCUAGCUAAAUAUUUCCAUGCUACUGUCUUAAUAAAAAAAUAAGAUAUU